UCCAACGGCUGGGCCCUACUCUUUCUCCGCAGAAUCAGCGAAACAAUUUUCCAAGCAGUCGGAUUUCCCCGCCUAGCUGCUUUUUUAAAUUCAACGUCUUCACAUUUUUACUCCCCCGUCAUAACUCCAUUUUUGUUCCUCCUCUUCUCUCACUCUCCCAGAUGAAGCCGAACCGCAGAGUGAAGAAGUCGGAUUCGCCAUCGAAGCUUGUAUUGGAAGAGAUCAUCGGAUUAACAACAAAGAACGCCAAUGGAUUGGCUUCUAGCGAAUCCACCCCGUUAUCUGCUUACAUCGCCGGAUGCGUGGUGGUCCUCCACGACGCCAAUUCCGGCCAACAGUCGCGCCUCUUGGCGCCUCAUAGAACUCCCAAGCCCUUGAGCUGCGUCGCAAUGUCUCUAGACGGACGACUGGUCGCCGCUGGAGAGUCAGGAAAUCAACCUGCAGUACUAGUAUGGGAACGAUUGACUGGUUCCUUUUUGUCUGACCUAAGUGGCCAUGUGUGCGGAGUGGAAUGCAUUGCUUUCUCACCCGAUGGUGAGCGCCUGGUGUCUGUUGGAGGAUAUAUAAAUCUAUGGGAUUGGAAGAAGGGUGUGCUGGUGGCGAAACUUAAAGCAAGUUCAUCCGCCAUUUCAUCUGUUAGCUUCACAGCCAACGGGAAAUUCAUUGUUACUGCUGGAAAGAAGCACUUGAAAUUCUGGACAGUUGGUUUAACACCAAAGAAGAGUACUCGAUUGAGCACAGUUUCAGUAGCAGGGGCGGCACCGAUGAUUCAAGGGAAGCCUGUCAAUCUUGGUCCUCAUAAAGGGAGCUCGUUCGUGUGUGUCACUAGUUCUGCAAAUGCCGAACCAAUUGGGUCGACUAUGUUCUCUAUCUAUGCGUUAACUGUUGAAGGUGUCUUAUGUGUCAUAGACAAUGGUUUGUCAGUAGUGAGGUCCGCGGAGUUGAAGGUUGAGAAAGGUCUUGCACUAUCUGCUUCCCGUAGGCUUAUUGCUUGUGCUUGUUGUAGUGGAAUCGUGAGACUCUUUACCAGUGAGACUCUCACUUAUGCUGGAAGUCUGCUACAUUCUAAGCCAAAAGUUUUUGAUGAACCAAGUGAUGAUCAAACUGAAGUCAUUGGGGACGAGUCUAUUCCUUCCUCGCCUGAUGCUGUUGCUUGCCAAUUCUCUGCCUCGGAGAAGUUGGUCGUUAUUUAUGCUGACCAUAGUCUCUAUAUAUGGGAUGUUCUUGAUGUAAGCAAGGCCACCAGGUGUUGGAUGCUGGUUUCUCACUCAGCCUGUAUUUGGGAUAUCAAGAACCUCUGCUGUGAAAAUAUGCACGACCCUUCUCUUGGAUGCGCUGCUAGAGGAUGUCUGGCUGGAGUUUCUUUUGCUACCUGUUCAGCAGAUGGCACUAUCAGGUUGUGGGAUCUUGAACCACAGCCUCAAUUUGUUGGGGAUGACGAUUCUGAAUUACAUGCUCCAAAUGAACCGAUAAGCACCUCUUGCGUUGUAAGUACUGGGAUCUUUGAGCGAGAUACCUUGGGUAUGGGUGUGAGCAGUCAGGGGCUUCGGUCCAUGGCUGUUAGUUCAGAUGGUAAGUACCUAGCUGCUGGUGAUAGCGAGGGAAGCCUCCACAUCUACAAUCUCUGCACUUCUCAGUAUACAUGCGUACAGGAUAUUCACCAAGCAGAGAUCCUAUCACUGAGCUUCAGCGUGCCACAUGAGGAACACGUUAAUCGUCAAGAAGAUGAUCUUGGCAAUUACUUGCUUGUGUCAGGGGGAAGGGAUCGAGUUAUCCACCUUUAUGAUGUCAAAAGGAACUUUGAUCUUAUUGCAAGUGUUGAUGACCAUUCAGCUGCCGUGACCUGCGUGAAGCUCGAUAGAGAGGGCUGUAAGGCUAUCAGUUGCAGCGCUGAUAGGUCUUUGGUGUUCCGGGACGUUUUUUUGUCAGACACUGGCUGUAAGAUUUUUAGGCGUCAUCAUCAAAUGGCAUCAAAUGGAACUGUGUACGAUAUGGCUGUUGAUCCAAAAAUGGAGUUUGUUGUCACAGUUGGCCAGGACAAGAAGAUAAACACAUUUGAUGCCGCAUCUGGAAAGCUGGUGAGAUCUUUCAAGCAAGAUAAGGAUUUUGGAGACCCUAUAAAGGUUAUUAUGGAUCCAAGCUGCAGCUAUCUGGUUUGCUCUUACUCGAACAAGAGUAUCUGCGUUUACGAUUCAAUGACCGGAGAAAUGGUCACUCAGGCCAUGGGACAUGGUGAAAUAGUAACCGGUGUCGUCUUUUUACCCGACUGCAAGCAUUUAGUAUCCGUUGCUGGUGAUGGUUGCAUCUUCGUCUGGAAACUGCCUCCUCGUAUGAGCUACAGGAUACUGCAUAAAAUGAAAGAAAUUUAUCCACCGCUGUCUCCCAGAAAGUUCGAGCUACCAUUACCCUCUACUCGAAUCAUGCUUCAUGAAGAAGACAGCCUGACAUUCAGAGUCGAUGCUGAAGAUAAACAAGAUGUUUUUUGUGAAGGAGUUGCACAUGAAAGGACCCCAACGUUCAGAUUUAGCAUUUCACGACUUCCAAAGUGGGCGCAAUCUAGACUUGCAGACUCCAGUAGCAUUCAAAUAAAUCCCAUUUGCUCGCCAUCUCAGUCGAACCAGGAGCAGGUUGAAUUGAAAUUUUCCCCCCCACUGACACGUGACGGCCAAGAAUCUGAUCAUCUGUACCUGGAAGUUCAGUCUCCUCUUCCUAGCCUUGAUAUAUGUAGCACGAAGUCCUGCUUAAGUAGCUCGUCUUCAGAUUCUGCUCGAACAACUGAAAGGGGAAUUGAGCCUGUGCCACGUAAAAGCCUGAGUCAAUUUGUCAUGGACAAACGUUGGCUUAGUGUUUAUACCGUGUGUCAUAUACUGAAUUCUCCAGAACUGCAGCGAUCAAUGGAUUUAAAUAUGCCAGUCUCAUCAUCAAGCUCUGAGAAGGAUAAAGCACUCAUAGAUGGUGCUAGAUCCCAAAGCCAAGCACGUGAGGGCAUAACUGAAGAGAGCGCAAUUUUCAAGCAACACUUUGGUAGUUUAUCAACAGCCACUAAGAUAGAAGGCUCUAAAUCUAAAUCAUCAGUGAGAAGAAGUUACUCUGCAAGGUACGUGGUGCGGCGGGACAAUCCUGCACUGUCCCAGAAACUCUUUGCCACACCAUUCCGAGAUUCUGGUCGUAACACUUGCCAGGAUAUUGAAGAUGAUGGCACUCAUAUUCACUCGGAAAAUCCACUAAUCAAGUGUCCGAAAGGAAAUCUGGUGUUUCAUAACAGAUCACAGAGCCUUGCACAAGAUGAUUCCACAAACUGCAUCACGGAGGAAGAAGCUUCAGAUAUGACAAGAGAAAGUAGCUCGGAGGAAAGUGACGUCCUGCUGCAGGAAAGAGUAUCACUGUGCAUAGAAGCAUUACUGAAAUUGGACACCGCAGCUGAGAACGCACUGCAUCUGUUCGCAAACGGACCCGAAGCUGAAUUUCACAAUGGGGCAAGCGACCUGCUUUCGUCGAUAACAAAGAAAAUCGAUGCAGUUGCUAAGCUGGUGCAUCGUGGCAAAUGACAAUAUCAGCAUAAGCUGUAAAUUAACCGAAGUGCAUGGUUGAUUUCGCCAAGAAUGGUGAGGCCUGUUUUUUUCUGGCAUUCUCUCUCUGCUGGAUGUAGGCGUCGUUUUCUGGCGUGCUCACUCUCGAGUCUUUUACUUGGGCGCUUUCUGUAGUAAUGUAAAGCAGAGCUGUGCAUGUGGGCCCACGGACGGAGCCUGACGAGCUGGUGCCUGGUGGGAGAAACGAGCCCAACUUGAAUGGGCUCAAAUGAAAGAGGAAAUGCCCAAACUUUUGUGUUCUGCGAGUGGAAUAAGUGGACAUGAUGGCAGCACUGAAAUCAACGGGCUGGGCUCCAGUAAAGAAGCAACAAGCAAGCUAUUGGAAAAGGAGGUACAAAAUUUUCUGGACCUUUCUUCGUGUGGGACGGGAACGUCUCUUUUUUUCUUUGAUGUGCAUCCUUUCCAUUCCCGCUACGAUCUAUGGGCCUUUUUCCUUUAUUACCCGUAUAUAUAUAUAUAAAAAAAAAAAAAAAGCAAAAGAGGGAAACAAAAGUAAAGAAGACCCAUCUUUUCUUUUCUCCUUGUAACAUCAGCUCUUUAUCUUUUUUCUUUCAUUCAAGUACACUCCUCCUGAUUUUCACUGUGAAUUUCCCAAUAUAAAACAAGUAGGAGCCGAGCUCGGUUUGUAGAUUUCAAGGCAAAUGUCAGUGAACAAUGUGGGUAGCGGUGGUUUUGUAGUAGUAGCCACACCAUACUAGGAUAGGAGGAGGAAGAUAUGUAGGAAUAUUUGUAAAUCCCUAAGAAGGUAUGCCCCCUUGGAAAUUAAUGGUCCUCUGUGCA